AUGACAACACAUCACAGCACCCGGAAACGGCCUCUGAUUCUCGACAUUCGUCAGCUCGAUUUUGAGGACUCGAUUACGAAGCAGGUAAUUGAUGGCCUCUCAAAUAAACCUCGGACUCUUCCGGCACUUUUAUUCUACAGUACGGAAGGGUUGAAACAUUGGAACGUACACUCACAGCAGGCUGAGUUCUAUCCUAAGCAUGAGGAACUGCGAGUUAUCAAAGACAGGGCUCACGAUAUAGCUACUAGCAUUGAACCAAACAGUGUAAUAGUAGAUUUGGGUAGCGCGAGCUUAGAUAAAGUCAUACCGCUCCUUGAAGCGCUAGAGUCUCAGAAAAAGAACAUCAGAUACUACGCUUUGGACCUUAGUGCAGAGGAGCUUGCAUCAACACUUCAAGCUAUUCCUACAGAACGUUUUCAGCACGUACAUUUUGCAGCACUUCACGGAACGUUCGAGGACGGCUUACUAUGGUUGAAAAACACUCCAGAAAUAUGCAAUUUACCUCACUGUCUUCUUCUUCUGGGAUUGACUAUUGGGAACUUUUCACGAGAAAAUGCUGCUGCAUUUCUAAGAAGUAUUGCGGCCCACGACCGACCACAGUCCAGAAAAUCAGGAGAGACGGAUAGUCGAACUUCUAUAAUUCUGACAAUAGACAGUUGCAAGACGCCGACAAAGAUUUUAAGAGCUUACAAUGCUGAGGGUGUUGUGCCUUUUGCUCUCACUGCUUUGAAAUACGCAAACGUACUUUUAGGGAAAGAAGCAGAACAAUCUGAUCAAAAUUUCCCUUUCGUCUUUGAAAGUGAGGAGUGGCAUUUCCUCAGUCAAUGGAACCAUGUGCUCGGUCGACACGAAGCAUCAUUGGUCCCGAAGAACGAGAACAUUAAACUUGGAGCUCCCCUUGAUGCGAUUGUUGUGGGCAAAGAGGAAGCUGUGCGGUUCGGAUGUAGCUAUAAAUAUGACAAAGAUCAACGCCGAGAAUUGUUCGCGGCGGCUGGCGUGGAAGAAGCCGCUGUUUGGAGCCACGAUGAAUGCGAUGUUGCGUUUUAUAAAUUGCAGACAUGUAUAGAUAGUAUUGCUUAUCAAGAGGUAUGA